AAGAGAAUAGUAUAGUCAAAAGAACAAGUUAGAAUUUUUAAAAAGUUAUUGCGUGAAUCUCACUGUUUGUAGAAUAUAAUGAACUAUUUUUAAAUUUCGUAUAUUGUUUUUGUCAAUGUCCGCCCGCACUGCAUCAGAGAUUCUGGGGUGGAUGAAUGCAGAUUUCAACAUUUCCUGACGUAUUUGCCGAAGUACUCAUUUCGAUCUUGAUGUCCGUUACAACUUCGCCGUGUUUCAUAGCCAGGGAAACCCGCUUUGAAUACCAUGUGGUAAAAUUAGACUUCCUAGCGUCCUUAAGUGCUUUGUUCACACAUACGUCGUAAUUGGCAUUACACAAAAUCAAAGACUGUGAUCAGUUGUCUGUCGAAUAGCAUACGGGUAUCACAGUGCCAAUUAGGCUACAGGUGACUGUUCUAUUGUUUAACUUUACACGUCGGUAGUAUCGAACAACUGGCAGCUGAAGUGAAACUUUAAUCAACAAUAGCAAGUAUUCUCGCAACUAGACUUGUUAAAACUCGAAAAUAAAAUCACUUUCAAUUUAGAUUUGGCAAACAACGAAAAUAAGAAACCUUGAAAUGUUUUUAUACCCCAAACCACAAACAAUUAAGACCACGAAAAUUUCCGGUUAUACGGUAGGACAUUUCAGAAUAAAUACAAUUUUGAUACAUUUGAUAUAGGACAUUUCAGAAUAAAUACGAUUUCCGUACUGCUGAUAUAGGACAUUUCAGAAUAAAUACGAUUUCCGUACUUCUGAUAAAUGACAUCUCAGAAUAAAUACAAUUUCCGUACUGCUGAUAUGAGAUAUUUCAGAAUAAAUACAAUUUCCGUACUUCUGAUAUAGGACAUCUCAGAAUAAAUACAAUUUCCGUACUGCUGAUAUUGGACAUUUCAGAAUAAAUACAAUUUCCGUACUGCUGAUAUAGGACAUUUCAGAAUAAAUACGAUUUCCGUACUGCUGAUAUGAGAUAUUUCAGAAUAAAUACGAAUUUAGUACAUCUUACUGCUAUGCAAUGUUUCAGCAUCAAUACGGAUUUUGGUUCAUCUCACUGCUGGGAGUAACUAAAGCCUAUUCCAACCGAACACCACCAUUGUCCCUGAUCCGCGAAGUACUCCAAGAUGGCGGGUGCAGUGACAUACAACAUUACGUUCAGCUGGAACGCAUUUUGAUGGAUUACAAAAUGUACUCCGACUUAGAGGGGGCGCUCGACCCUUCCUGGCAAAAGGCAGACUCAAGUUUUUGUGAGGCGAGCCCAGAACAGAUUGAUGAAUUCUGUAAGAAGAUCAGGACCAUGAAGACCGAGGACACAUUGAGACAAUACUUUGAGCAGUGUGAGGAAUCUCGACUCAAAGUGGGACAGGCCAUCACCAUUUUCGCCCGCAAGUAGCAACAUGUGACGUCAUCAGUGGCGGAUCCAGAAAACCUAUUGGGGGGAGGGGGGGGGGGUGGGGCAAUGACAUGAGGUCGAAUGCCAAUGGAACUUUGGGGGAGUUUUGGAGGGGAUCGUAAAAAAAAUAAUGGAUAAUAAAAUUAUAACUGUUGCAAAAUGUAGGGGGGCCGCCCACUUUCUUCCGCUUCUGGUCAUCACAGCAUUAUUAGUUUCCUUAAUAUAAUUCAAUUUAGAAGAAAAAAAAUCCCUGAUAAUACAUGCAAUGAAUUUUUUUUUUUUUAAAGAUAAAAGAUGACCCCAAAAAUAAUAAAAAAUAAAAAAUAAAAAAAUAAAAAUAAAAAUAAAAAUGAAAUAAAAAAUAAAUAAUUGCUUAGUGGAUAACAACAUUGUCAUGAUGUCAUGCCUAAUGCAUAUUACUUUACGCGUAAACACUAGCGCUCAUUGAUUUAUUAAUCGUCGGAUUUUAGUUGUGAAACAUUUGGUAAUUUCCCAUACUCUUAGAGAGAAAACCCGGUAAUUGUUUUCAUCCGAAGCAAGGGAUCUUUUAUGUAUAGGGGGCGAG